AUGAGCGAUAGCGAUUCAGACUCUACGCCUCAGAGGCGCAGUGCCCGCGAGCGCGCCCAAUGGAUGACCAAGGGAGCUCUGGUUCGAGACGAUUCUGAUGAUGAACUAGGGGUCGAGGACCUUCCAUGGGAAUGGAUUUACGACGCAAAUGAAGAGAUUACCCAAGAAACCGAAACCAAAGAUGAUACCCCGGCGAAACGUAGACGAAGACGAUCCUCCCGUCCCGCCCACCAAAAACGCAAAAUCGUCGGCGCGCAAAUGGGUCAAUUCCAAUGCAAAGUGGGCGAUGUGAUUCUCUUGAAAUCCCCUGAAGCUGGAAAGGACUGGGUUGGCAUCAUUACAGAAUUUCUGGAAGAGGAGGAUGAAGACGAAGAAGACGAGAUCAUCAAAUCUGCCAAUAUUAUGUGGUUCGCAUCCCCCGACGAAUUCAUGGGCACAAGAAACAAACGCCGGACCGACGCCUUGCCCAACGAACAGUACAUCACACUCGAUUUCAACAGCAACCCCUUGACAUCAAUCAGCGGCAAAGGGGCGGUCAUGUCUCAGAGCGCCUUCAGUGCCAAAUACCCCAAUGGCCCUCCAAAGAAUAAGACCGAAUUGGCGGAAUACAACAAGUGCAUUGUUUGUCGACGAGGCGUGAACCAGGUUCAAGGACGGUAUACCGAUGAAUUUAUCUGGGAGCAGGUGUACAAUGAAGACGACAUCCAACAUCUGAUCAAUUGGGUCAGGGAUGGCUUGAAGGCUUCCAGAAAACGGAAGGCUGCGGACGAUGAAUAUGUCGAAACCAAAGAGACCACGGUACCUACGACCCCGAGAAAGAGGCAGCGACUAGCAGCAACGAAUGCCACGCCACAAUCACAGCGCAAGAAGGCCAUGAUGACUCCGACCCAUAAACGGAUCGUUGUAAAAAAACCACUUGAGUUUACUCCUCUGGGUACCCGUGUCCUGUCACCCACACAUUUCGACUCUCCCUACCGUCAAGCUCGGAAUUUGCUACAUGUCUCCACUGUUCCAGACUCAUUACCGUGUCGGAAGACCGAGUUCAACACUGUAUACAACCAUCUUAGCGCUGCGAUCAUGGAAGGUACAGGUGCUUGUAUCUAUAUCUCUGGUACCCCCGGCACUGGCAAGACUGCCACGGUGCGUGAGGUGGUUGCACAGCUAAACGGUGCCGUGCAUGAAGAAGAGAUGGACGAUUUCAUCUUUGUCGAGAUUAACGGCAUGAAAGUCACCGACCCCCAUCAAUCCUACUCCUUACUGUGGGAAGCCUUGAAGGGCGACCGAGUAUCACCAUCGCACGCAUUAGAUCUUCUCGAAAGAGAAUUCUCAAAUCCCUCCCCUCGUCGGGUCUCUUGCGUUGUGCUCAUGGAUGAGUUGGAUCAGCUUGUCACAAAGAAUCAGUCUGUCAUGUAUAACUUCUUCAACUGGCCUGCUCUCCGCCACUCGCGCCUCAUUGUCCUGGCUGUCGCAAACACCAUGGAUCUCCCCGAAAGAACCCUAAGCAACAAGAUCUCCAGUCGUCUCGGUUUAACCCGUAUCACAUUCCCGGGAUACCGUCACACAGAUCUAAUGGAAAUCAUCAGUACCCGUCUGGCCAGUGUACCGGGUAAUAUCGUUGACCCAGACGCCGUCCAAUUCGCAAGUCGCAAAGUAGCCGCGGUCAGCGGUGAUGCUCGACGAGCUUUGGACAUCUGCCGUCGAGCAGUUGAAAUCGCCGAGCAAGCAGCCGACGAGGCUGCUGCCGCAGAUGACGCCAAAGAUGAAACCGAAUCAUUGCCUCCCACACCCAGCAAAACUCCCGCCCGGCGCAACAAGGCUAUCGCAGCCAAAGCAGCCGGGGAAUCAGCCGUCGCUAAACCCCCUGCAAAGGGCCAACCCGGGCGCGUCACUAUCGCCACUAUCAAGCAAGCCAUUCACGAAGCUACAUCAACUCCACUCCAGCAAUCCUUGCGCUGUCUCCCACUAUCAGGAAAGCUCUUCCUCGCCGCCCUACUAGCCCGCGUCCACCGGACAGGCAUUUCAGAAUCUACAUUCGGCGACGUUCUGGACGAAGCCCGCCGCAUCGCCGAUGCAGCCGUCGCCGUUGCUGGAGCUGCUGGCGCCGGCGUGAAAGAUUUCCUGCUGGGCGGAGGCCCCAGUGCUCGCGUGCGGAGCCUUGGCCAUGCGGCCAUGUCGCUCAUGAACUCGGGUAUCCUGGCGCUGGAGCAGGGCUCUGGCUCUAAAAGCGUGCUUGGGGGUACUACGAUUCCCACUCGCGGCGACCGCAGUAGUAAAGUUCGGCUUAGGGUUGCGGCAGAAGAUGUCAGGUCCGCUUUCAGGGAGGAUGUUGAGGCUAAAGGCUUUGGUUUGGGUAUUGAGCAGUGA